GGGGAGGAGGAGGGGGAGGAGGAUGCCGCGGGGUGUCCGCGCAUCCCUGGAGGAGGUGCGGGUCCGCUCGGCUGGAGGCAUGCGGAGAGGCUCGCGGACGUAGCUGGCGUCGUUUUGCCUGCGGGGCACCCUCAGCCACUGCAGCUGCCCCCUCCGGAAGGUGGGAGGUGACACGGAAUUUCUCUCUCCACCCUGCAGACCGCCAGGACGGCCUCCAGUGGUGUCCUGGGGCCGAGUGUGAAGAUUGCGCUCCCGAAAGUUAACUUUUCAAGAUGAAGUUUUUACUGGCAGUUGUCUUUUUCCUUUUGAUUUCCUCGUGGAUUGAAGAAGCCUGUUCUAAGGAGAAGUCCUCAAAGAAAGGGAAGGGGAAAAAGAAGCAGUACCUCUGCCCAUCCCAGCAGUCAGCAGAGGACCUAGCCCGAGUGCCUGCCAACUCCACCAGCAAUAUCUUGAAUAGGCUAUUGGUCAGUUAUGAUCCCCGAAUAAGACCAAAUUUCAAAGGCAUCCCUGUUGAUGUCGUAGUCAACAUUUUUAUCAACAGUUUUGGAUCUAUUCAAGAGACAACAAUGGAUUACAGAGUUAACAUCUUCCUGAGACAGAAAUGGAACGACCCCAGGCUGAAGCUCCCUAGUGAUUUUCGGGGCUCAGAUGCACUGACGGUGGAUCCCACAAUGUACAAGUGUCUGUGGAAACCCGAUUUAUUUUUUGCAAAUGAAAAAAGUGCCAAUUUUCAUGAUGUAACCCAGGAAAACAUCCUCCUCUUUAUUUUUCGGGAUGGAGAUGUCCUUGUCAGCAUGAGGUUAUCCAUCACUCUUUCAUGCCCUUUGGACCUAACCUUGUUUCCCAUGGAUACUCAGCGUUGCAAGAUGCAACUUGAGAGCUUUGGUUACACAACUGAUGAUUUACGAUUUAUCUGGCAGUCAGGGGACCCUGUUCAGUUGGAGAAAAUCGCCUUGCCUCAAUUUGAUAUUAAAAAGGAGGAUAUUGAAUAUGGUAACUGUACAAAAUACUAUAAAGGCACUGGGUACUACACGUGCGUGGAGGUCAUCUUCACCCUGCGGAGGCAGGUGGGCUUCUACAUGAUGGGCGUCUAUGCCCCGACCCUGCUGAUCGUGGUCCUGUCCUGGCUGUCCUUCUGGAUCAACCCCGAUGCCAGCGCCGCCAGGGUGCCCCUGGGAAUCUUCUCGGUCCUCAGCUUGGCCUCCGAGUGCACCACGCUGGCGGCCGAGCUCCCCAAGGUGUCCUACGUGAAGGCGCUGGACGUGUGGCUCAUCGCCUGCCUGCUCUUCGGCUUUGCGUCCCUGGUGGAGUACGCGGUGGUGCAGGUGAUGCUGAACAACCCUAAACGCGUUGAAGCAGAAAAGGCCAGAAUUGCCAAGGCCGAGCAGGCGAAUGGGAAGGGGGGCACCGCGGCGAAGAAGAACACGGUGAACGGCACGGGCACCCCCGUUCACAUCAGCACCCUGCAGGUUGGAGAGACCAGAUGCAAGAAGGUGUGUACCUCCAAGUCUGACCUGAGAUCUAAUGACUUCAGCAUCGUGGGCAGCUUACCGAGAGAUUUUGAGCUGUCCAAUUACGACUGCUACGGGAAGCCCAUUGAAGUCAACAACGGCCUCGGGCGAUCUCAGGACAAGAACACCAAGAAGCCGCCUCCCGCCAAACCCGUCAUCCCGACAGCCGCCAAGCGCAUCGAUCUUUAUGCCAGAGCGCUGUUUCCUUUCUGCUUCCUGUUCUUCAACGUGAUCUACUGGUCGAUAUAUUUAUGAUAAACCUUUUCCAUUCAUGUUAAGUAAGAGCCCAUCGCAUCGUGACCAGCCUCGUCCAUCAAGGCCAGCCUGCGGACGAUUGUUUGCAUCUUCACAGCAAUACACUGCAUCUUGGACGCCAUCGGUUGUCAUAGAAACGUGGCUCCUUAAUUUGGAAUGGCAGCAUGAUCUCGUUACGUCUGUGCUCUAAUCAUGAUGUAUUUAUGUAAAGCAAACGUGUCGCUUUAGGAACCAAUGAAGGACAAGUGUACCACAUAAACCAAAAUCCAAACGUUUCUCUCCAGUUAGUGUGAAUUGCAGAUACUUCUGAUAAUUCUGAUAGUAAUUCUGUGCUCGCUGAACCCUGUCAUGAUCUGAUCGCCAUUCUAAUGUACGUGUUGCAAACUCCCCUCCUUGUAACUUGCAGAGAAAGCCAUCUUAUUCUUGUAUAAUUUUAGAUGGUAUUAUCACAGAUAAAGCAGAAUUAUAUUACAUAUCAUUUAAAUUUAUAAGUAGAAAUAUAUCAGCUAUAAUUAUGCAAGCUCUGUGGAGAAAUAAAGUUCAAAGAUGUACUAAUUUGUAAAAAAUCAGCUCAUUUUAAAGUCUGCCUGUAUUGUCAAAAUGCCAGGGAAUAAAACACAGUAAGCGUUUUUGAAACAAAAGGAAAUCUAGAUGCACCUAAAUUCGUGCUGAAUUCUGGUCUCUGAUAAAAUAAAACUAAAGGAUAGAUAUAUUGAUUAAAUAUUUCUGAUAAAAGAAAUUCUACUUUAAAACCUAAAUAUAUUUUCGUGGAUUUUAUUUUGUUGAUACAGAGUAUACAAAAUCAUUGUGCCUUAAAAAGAGUCAUAAAUAUUUUAAAUCGGAAUAUAGUAGUGGGUAUGUGAUUUCACACCACUGUUAAGAAACCAAGAGGAAAAUACCUUAUUACUAGAAGUAACUUGGGUUUGGGAAGGAAAAUUCAUAGUAAUUAAAGGAUUUUAACUUCUUUAUUUUAUUAAAAUGCUUACGUAUUUCAAAGUAAAAUUAAAUUUUUUUUCUGAAUUUCUUUUUUUCUUAUUUGAAUAGCUUUUGAUUUUGCUACAAAACAUUUAAGGAUUAAGUAAGUAAUUACUUUAUGUUAAGCCUCUCUUCUUCUUGUAUUUUCUUUCUUGCUAAAAGUCUAGAUUGCUUAGAUUUCCUUGCUUUGAUCUUGUUCCAACUUUAAAAUAGAUACUUUCUGGUCUCUGACACUCCCGGGUCGCCAUAGCUGAUAGCAAGACUCUGUAAUCCACCUAACACGAACAUGACGCCAUGUGAGAAUAUGUACAUCCUUUGGAGAGUUUUGUUGCAGCUGAGAGUUUGUGUGGUCAAUUCAAUAAUAAAAUGUGUUUGAAUAUUGUUUGUGCCAAUUGCCAUGCAUAAUUCAGUGCUAUUUUGUUGAAGACUAAUUUUUUACAAAAUCACUGAUUGCUAAAUCUUUAAAAAAUGAAAUGUAUCUAAUCCUCCACAGUCCUUCAGCACCCUCUAAUUGCAAAAUCUCAGCCAUCUGAGUAGUUUUUAAAUUCCCCCCCAAAACUAUAUUUGAUGGGUUUCAAAAUCUUGCUAGGAUCCAGGGCAAAAACAUCUUAAUGGAACUGUGAUAGGAAAAAAGAAAAUGUCUUGAAUAAGACUUAGACCAUUUAAAAUUUGUAUUUAAAAUCAUUAUAUUUGCUUAUAAUCUCUUUUCUUUAUUCUUUCAAAUUUCACUCAUAUCAGGGAGUUUGUUUUAGAACCAGAGUUGAAGCGGGAAAGUUACCAGAUGGAAGACAGAUCUCAUUAUAGAGGAUUUAUUUCUUGAAAAUAAUGUGAAUUAAUUACUUUCUGUAAUAUGAUAUUGUAGCCUCUUAAGAUCAAUUUUAAUACCCAAAUACAUACAAAUGGCUGUCCCAGGAUUAAGUGCGCAUAUAUAGCUGCAAAUGGAACAUUCCAUGGUGACCAUGACGAAGUCCAGUUGGUGUCCGCUAACAGUUGCUUCAUAUUGUUACCUCGAGAGUCUAGUUACUUAACCCCAGGGUAGUCCUGAUCUGUGUACUUCAAAUAGUAUGUCUUUCUAGGAAACGUGCAGUAUAUUUACCUGGAUAUCAGCAUCUCAAAUUCGUUGUUUCCAAAAUUAAAAAAAAAA